UAAUGGCACGGGCGACGACAGUAAAUUUGAAAGGUGGCAGAAAAGCGAAGAGGUGGCGGCGCAGAGACAGACACAGACUACUGCACUUCCUCACUAACUUACACGUGUCUCUUUCUCUCACUUAAAAACUACAUGCACAUUGUUUUAGAGUUUCAGUUUGGUAAUUCAUAAGAUUUCAUAGAAUUAAGGUUUAAGAUGAGCAGCACCAACACAGUUUCAGUAACAGCGACUACUAAUGGGAUGAGUAGCAGCAGCAGGUUCGAAAAAAGUAAAAGGUCAAUGAUGGAUGAACUUCGAAGCUUCGAGAAGGAAGAUUUCUUUGAUUUGGGUCAUCCUCUCCUUAAUCGUAUUCUUCAUAGCUUCAUCAAAGCUGCUGGGAUUGGAGCUAUACAGGCUGUAUCUCGUGAAGCUUAUUUUACUUCUGUUGAAGGGCUGGGGAUUGAUUCAUCCGGUACAGAUGCAAAUGGUGCUAAGCAACACAAAUUUCCUGAUCUUAGAGGGGCUACCAAUAGAAAGUCAGUUGAAGCCUUGGUAAAAAACACUGGGAAAGAAUCGUUCCAAUGGGGGCUGGCUGCUGGGGUGUACUCAGGGCUAACUUAUGGACUGAAAGAGGCUCGUGGUUAUCACGAUUGGAAGAACAGUGCUGUAGCUGGAGCAUUGACAGGCAUGACACUUGCACUUACAUCAGAUGAUACAACCCACGAGCAAAUAGUGCAAUCCGCGAUAACAGGAGCAGCUAUUGCUACUGCUGCCAAUAUGCUUACUGGCAUUUUCUAGGAGUAGCUAGUUUUUCAAUUGUUUUGUUUUUCAGUCAUGUCUAUGGUACUAAACUAUUGUACUGUUAUGUCUAUUAUGGUAGAUACUCCAUAUGACUAA